AUGGCUCUCUACCUCCUCAUUGCUCGGGUGCACAUUCGUUCUCUUAGACUUGACAAGCCAACUCAUGUGGAUCACAUCAUGACACAGACCAACCAACUGACACACAAUAGACACCUUCUCACUGUCACCCAGGCAAAAGAUGUCAUUGAUUCAGUUAUUGUUCGAGAUAAUGGUCUCUUACAUCUUAUUUUCUCACUUCCCAUUUCCAUAAAGAAGAUCAAGCUUACCAAAGAAGAGGUCUCUGAUUUACAUGAGAAAAUUCCCGAGAAUAGAGGUCUCACUGUUCUGAGCUCUCCCAAGAAGCCAGUUGAGAGAAAGUCAUGGACAACUGGUAAAAUAAUUGUAGGUUUUGAGGAGGAGACAAAAUGGAUACUUAGAAAGCUCACUGGUGGACCGACAGAUCUAGAUGUCAUUUCGAUCACUGGUAUGCCGGGUUCAGGUAAAACUACUUUGGCGUACAAAGUAUACAAUGAUAAAUCAAUUUCUAGUCAUUUUGACCUUCGCGCAUGGUGCACAGUCGACCAAGAAUACGAAGAGAAGAAUUUGUUGGAUAAAAUUUUCAAUCAAGUUAAUGGCUCAGAUUCAAAUUUGAUUGAGAAUAUUGAUGUUGCUGAUAAACUACGGAAACAACUAUUUGGAAAAAGGUAUCUUAUUAUCUUAGAUGACGUGUGGGAUACUACUACGUGGGAUGCGUUAACAAGACAUUUUCCUAAUGGUAUGAAAGGAAGUAGAAUUAUUUUGACAACCCGAGAAAAGGAAGUGGCUUUGUAUGGAAAGCUCUACACUGAUCCUCUUAACCUUCGAUUGCUAAGAUCAGAAGAAAGUUGGGAGUUAUUAGAGAAAAGGGCAUUUGGAAACGAGAGUUGCCCUAAUGAACUAUUGGAUAUUGGAAAAGAAAUAGCCGAAAAUUGUAAAGGGCUUCCUUUGGUGGUGGAUCUGAUUGCUGGAGUCAUUGUUGUGAGGGAAAAGAAAAAGAGUGUGUGGCUUGAAGUUGUAAAUAAUUUGCAUUCCUUUAUUUUCAAGAAUGAAGUGACGAAAGUUAUAGAAAUAAGUUAUGACCACUUACCUGAUCAUCUGAAGCCAUGCUUGCUAUGCUUUGCAAGUUGGCCAAAGGACAGUGCAAUGAAAAUCGAUGAGCUAAGAGAUGUAUGGGUUGCUGAAGGGUUUGUGGAAAAGACGGAAAUAAGGAGUAUGGAAGAAGUGGUGAAGAUUUAUUUGGAUGAUUUAAUUUCCAGUAGCUUGGUAAUUUGUUUCAAUGAGAUAGGUGGUUACCCAACUUGCCAACUUCAUGAUCUUGUGCAUGACUUCUGUUUGAUAAAAGCCAGAGAAGAAAAGUUGUUUAAUUUGAUAAGUUCAAGUGCUCCAUCAGAUUUGUUGUCACGUCAAAUUACCAUUGAUAAUGAUGACGAGGAGCACUUUGGGCUUAAUUUUGUCCUCUUCGGUUCAAAUAAGAAAAGGCAUUCUGGUAGACACCUCUAUUCUUUGACCAUAUAUGGAGACCAGCUGGAUGACCGUCUUUCUGAUACAUUUCACCUAAGACACUUGAGGCUUCUUAGAUUGUUGUACCUGAAUCCCUCUUUUAUCAAGAAACCUUGUUGGUAA